AUGACAGAUAAACAGACAACCAUUGGAGCAUCAGAAUUCGCGGCAACUUUGAAUGGGGAUGAUCCACAUGAGAUCUUGCGAGUUCUCAAGCUUUUUGCCAAGUCCGUGCAGAAAGAACGACAAUUGGCCCUCUUUGACGAACAAGACGAGAGUGAUAGCGACUCGAGUGAUGAUGACGACGAAGGCGAUGUAGAAGAACGUCCUGCUAAGAAACUGAAGAAAGAUGAACAAUGGAAAGAAGAUUCGGCAUCUUAUCACGUUCCAUUUGUUGGAACAGCCGUGUCUAGAAGCGAUGUGUCAGAGGUUGUUGCCGGUCAAUGGCCGACGGGUCUAUUAGAAGCCUAUCUCAACAAAAGUCCUUUGGCUAUUGAACUGAUGAGUGAUGAUAUCAGCUCUUCUGAGGGCAAGAUUCAUAGAUCAUUGUUGCGGAAGAAACAUAUGAAAACGUCACGGGCGAUUAAGAAGGCAUACUUGAAUGCCGUGGCCCAAUUGUUGACUGCUGUCAUCCCAAUCCGGAAACUAAGACAACAAAAUAGCGAGGACAUGUAUAAUUCUUCUGCUGAAGAAGAUAGUGACGUAGCAGUGGUAGAUGUGUCCUCGGAUGCCAAAUAUGGAAAAUUUCUACCAGCUCUGCUGAAAAAGCGAUUACCUGAGUGUAUCAAUGUGCUCAAUGAGGAGACAUCCAGUGGCCGUGGAAAGACAGGCGUCCUUGGUGGUUGUGGUAACUUGGCUGUACCAGCGCUAAAACUGAUUCAGAAUAUAGUAUUUGCGUCAACUGCGAAUGCAAGACUAGUGGCGAAAUACUUGGACGAAGAGCUUCAUCAUGGCGUCUUGCGAUGUUUGCUCCGUCCACUACCACCGAAAGUUAACUCAAAGAGUGAAAAAGUAGCAUCUUCCAGUGAUAUAUCACGUCGACUGGAAGCAAGAACUGAGACAAUGGAACUUGCCAACUUUUUGCUGAAAAUGCAAGAUACCGUCGUCAACACGUACAUUUGCACUAGUGGUUCCAAAGAGCGCAAAGUGAAGCCUGGAAUUCUUUUCGUUGCCUUGCGGGAGGGUUUGUUACCAGGGAAAGCAAAGAGUCAAAGUCCAAAUGACAUUGAUAAUGAUGGCGAUGCAACAGACUACAUGGACGCUGUUGCAGACUUGCUCAAAAGCUUCAGAUUGCUCAUUUUGAAUCAGCCCAAGUCGAUGAACUCGAGAUUGCUCUCCGAGCUAUUAUCUGGAGAGCCGAUACAAAAUCUCUGCUUUCUAUUGACACAUGCUCCACGUCUGAGCGGAAAAAAUACGUACCUAUCGAUUGUUAACGAGAAAGAUACCUACGGCGGUGAUAUCGAGAGUUUACCGAAUGUUGGAUUGGAGGCCCGAAGGAUAGUCUUUCCUUUGCUCUACGAUUCUUCUAGAUCCCCAUACCUUUCGGCAAGUAAACAUGGGAAACUGGAUGCACAGCAUCUGGGGAAAAUUUUGCUGUCAUUGCUCUGGACUCCAAGUGGUGGCAUUGGAAUGCAAAAGUUUCUAAUUGCAUGUGCCCAAAAGACCCCGGCUCUUCUUCCUAUACUAUUUCGGUUGUUGACAUUCCCGGAUCCGAAGCACGCCUACGAUUUUGUUGCCACCGCACAUUUUGUGUCCGCCUUGCUUCUUCAGGGACCAUCGGUUGAAGAUUGUUUGACUGGCGAAGAAGGUUCCAAUGUGCAAGAAAUAUUACUUGCCCUCUUUCCCGAAAAGUUCAAGAAGCAGGCUCUGACCAAAGCAAUGCAGAGCAAGAACUCUCUUGUGGUCAUGGGAUGUAUUAUGCUCUUCUCCAAUGUUUUGAAGCGUCUUGAGAAACUUCGAGCGGAUGCUUCCAAAAGUCUGAAAUGGAGCGACGAUUUUAUACAGGAGGCAACCGAUACAACACUACAACUGUUUCCAGAUAUACAAGUCCUGCUGAAAAUUCGAAUGUCUUUUGAUGCUUUCUCUCGGAGCAAAGAGAGUGCCAUCGUGAAUGAAAGACUUUUUCAAGUAAUCAUAUUGAUAGUCAAAGUGUCGCCUACUUCCGUGCAAACUGCGGGGUUCGACUGGAUGAAGCUGGUGCCAAAUGACACAAACCGAUUCUUUAAGGCUGUACCAUUUGUGCAAAGGAGUUUGCUUCGUACAUUGAGACACGUCAUCAAAGUUUGGGAUGCAUUCAAGAACGUACUUGAGAUAAUGCUCCAUACGAAGGAGGGAAGUGUCUAUAAAGAUUCAAGGGUGAUCGCCAUCAACUUGCUGGUACGAAUGUUGCAAUCUCGGUGGACGGAUGAAAACAGUGAGAGUUUCAUCCGGUACGAAAGCGAAUGUUGGAUCAAUGGAUUGACGAUAGAUAGUCUUCCUAGUUUUUGUGCGCUGCUUCGAGAUGUCACAGAAAAUGAGCUUCAGAUAGUCGCAACGAUUGGAGAUGUUUGGUCCAGAUGCAAGGCUGUAGGGCCGAUGACAUGUUCGCUUCUACUGUUUGCAGCUUGGGCGACGGAAAAACCUCUCGCGGCAUUUGCAAAGCUUUUUUCCCAGGUCAGCUUAAGAGUGAUGUUAUUUCAUCGAAGCCCAUUGGUUGUGGCGAACUUGAUUCAUUUUGCUGAUAAAGAGUCGUCUUGGAGUGAAGGAGAGUCGGUACCUGAAUUCACAAAAGACCUAGUGCAUUACGCAAGUAUGUUGCGGCACUUCGAUGGCGUGGAUGGCACAGUUGAACGCAAAACUCUAGGAAAGAUCUUUAAUUCACUUGUCGGAAAGGGAGACAUAAUCACGAUGGCUCUCACUUGGGUCCAUUCCAAGUCAUCUAUUACAUUGGAAUCAUUCCUGAACGAAAUUGAAUCCGAUCGGUUAACAGAAGAUGCAUCGGCUCUCGCAAGAUUUUUGAUCCACGUUAACAUAAUUUCUGACGAAGGUAGUGAGGCUGCAAUAAGAUGCUGGACGUUGCUACUAAAUAUUGCAGUGAAGAUUCUAAGUGGUUCUGAUCCAAAUGAUUACAAGAACGAUAUUAUCCAUGAUAUAUCUUUGUGUUGUCCGGAUGACAACAGGUUGCCUCUACUGGUGGCAUCGUGUCCCAUUGGCACCUGCGACGAUUACACUCACUCCGGCUUCUGUAAACUAACGGAAGUCUUGACGUCUGCAGACUCGAACGCUUCGUCAAAAGAUCGUCGUGUUUGCAUAUGUAAAUUCCUUCUUCUUUGGGACACGAUUCCAAUGAGUUUUGUUGCAAGGUCUCAGUUGCAAAUAAUCGAUUCUUGCGAUCGAACUUCAGAAAGAUCAGCAGAAACUUCCAUCGGUUUUGCGUUGGAGUUCUUGAAGAGAACAAAUUCCAUCUGGGAAACGGCCAGCUGCAACGUAAAUGUUGUCCGAUCACUGUUCCUGAAAUGGUGGGCUCUUGUGUCAGUGGGAGGAAGCGAUAGUAGUCUUAUCGGCUUUAGAACUCAAACAUGUUUGGCACUGACCUCAGUCCUCGAGAACUGCGAUUCCCUGUCGGCGAUUGUUGUUGCUCUGAUACAAAGUAAACCGUUGGAUGAUUUUGUUUUGCGAUGCCUUUCUUCAGAUGUUCCAAGCGGUACUGGACUACUUGCCGCUGCAGUACGAAAUGAUCCUUUUCUGCUAUCUCCCAAAGUCCUUCAGAACAUCGACAUUGUAAAUUUGAAUGACAAAGUGACAACUAAAGGCCAGGAGCUGGAUUCUCUGGUCAUGGUCAUCGUUCGAAGGUCGAUCGACUCAUUAAGCAAGGAAAACCUACAAAUGUUGUACGAGAAAGUCUUCGAACGUGUUAAGUUAUCGCUUUCAAAUGUCGUGGUAGGGGACCAAAAGCUUGCAGACACGCUGAGUACAAUUAAAGUGUGCGGUGCGCUGCUGCAAAGCUCAGGUGAAAGAAUGAGUGUGAUUGUGCCGGAAGUGAUCUUCCAGCAUAUCGUCACUAUCCUAAAAAUCGAGAAAUCAAGAUGGCAUCCGGGUGUUUUUAGUCUUUGUUCAAUGGCAAUAGCAAUUGUAAAGAACGCCGACACACAACAGCGAUUGGAACUAAAAGCAAUCCUCUAUUUGCGUCUAAGCGAAUGGAUUGCACUUGGCUUCAAAGAGGAGUUCAGAAUUAAAGAUCCGAAAGAAUCGUGCUUGACCUCAUUCCUAUUGCUUCUGCAAGAUGUGCAAUCUUCUGACUUGGACGCUUUGAAGAGAGGGAACACGGCGUUGACAUUGAAAAUUGUGAGGAGCUGUCUGAAAUAUGGUAUCGGCCUUGCUGAACAGAGUCCAGCACAGUCAUCACUUUCUCUAGAACUUGUGAAAACACUUCUUGAGCGCAUCGGUGAUCCCAAAUCUCAUCAUAGUGCGUUAGACUUUCUUGGAGCACCAAUAUCAAGCAUCUUUGAUCUUCUGAAGUCGCAUUCGAAGUUUCGAGAAGUUCUAUCAUCAUCGUCCCCCGAAUUGGACAUUGUGAAACUGGAGUUGGUUAGACUGAUGGUUUGUUGUAUUCGUCUUUCUCCGCAGGGAGUCACUAUAGACGCGGGGAUGUGGACAUCUGUUUUCGCUGCAUUUGACUGUGGACUGAGUGAACUCGAUAUCGAAAUUCGAAAGCUUUUCAUGGCUUGCUGCGAUUUGCAAGGCGAGGAAAUUCAAGUACCAUACAUGGACGAGUUUCGAUGGAAGAGUUGUGUUGAAAGUGGAAAGAGCGACAAAGUGAACUGGGAUUGGUUGGCUGAAGCGCUUGAUCCCGUACGACUUCGAGCUACAGUGUCACAGUUUCCAGUUCAUGACACCGUUGAUAUGUGUUCAGAAGAUAUUGGAAGCUCCGUUACAGAAGGCGAUAGCGACUCGCAAAAUUCUGACAGUGAAAUGUCGGUCGAUCAAGACUCGGUGUCAAGUGGCCAAACUGCAGUUGCUGCAGAAGUCAAUCGUAGAGUCGAAUGGACCCGUGAUCAUACCGAUUUACGGUACAGUCCGGCCUUCUUGCUUCCCUUGGUCCUUGGAGCUUUGGAGAGUACUUUGCCGAACAAGGAAACAAAAGCGGCAGAAAUAGAGGCUACAGUUGACGCUUUGUCGGACUCAUUGAAAGAUAGUGGAAGAAGCCAGCUCAAUAGAUUAGUGCGAAUGGUCCAAAAGCUAUGUGACGCUGGGGUGCAUAGCCUAUGUCUCGCUGCCUUAGCCAGCACUUGCAACAAAGUCCGGCAAUGCUCGUCUGCAAUCCUCAGCGUUUUGCUUCUGGGCUGCAAUUCAGAAGAAUCGAGGAGUCUAUCUUCGUGGCGCAAUCGCCCACAAGUUUCGAUGGUUUUGAAUUCCAUUCAACUUGCUUUUGUCAUCAAGAAAGCGACCAACAAAUUGAACGGCGUGAAUUUCGGAGUUCAACCCCUUUCUCCUCUUGUUUCAACAUUUCUGGCUCGCGCAUCAUACUCUGUCUGCAAACCGGACGACGCUUUGUUCGUACCACUGAAUCGAUUCUUCCUCAAAAACGAGAAAGACCAUGGAGCAUUUCAGGAUAUGAAUCGCUUACCAGGGUUCAUUUCCUUGUUUUGUUCUGCAGCAGAAGACCCGACUCAAUCCCGACAGGAACGCAUGUGGGCUCUUCAACUAGUCCGUGAUGGGUUCCGCGAUUCUUCUUGCUAUCGACUGAUCGCCGAAUGUCACGCACCAGAACUCAUCUUGACAUCGUUUGAAAAUCUUAGACUCUCUCAGCUCCCCGAUGCUAUGAAGGAUGCUGAAUACGCUCUCAUGAUGACUGUAUUCAAAAAGAUGUUCUCAAUGGGAUCGAGUAGAGUUAUGAAUCACCUUGUGUCGAGAAUCGGAGUUCUGUCGUGGAUGCGCUCUUGGUGUACCACCUGGACUGUUCAGGAGUCAUUUCCGAGAGUCAACAGUAGAAUUGCAAUGUGCGAAUUGGUGGGCUGCAUAGCCGAGCAAUCCUUUCUCAACGAACCACCUCGAACCGACUCAUUUUUGUAUGAGCUUUGUGCAUUGGCAGAACCAAUGAUCAUUUUAGGCGCUCGGACAAAGAAGACAGACGAAGGCUUUGCGACCUUGAUCGAAACCAUCUGCAAUGCUGUGAAGUCGAUCAAGAGAAGUGUGCUCAAACACAAAGAAGCCUUUUCCUUUUCGGAUAUACAACCUCUUGGGCUAUCGAUCAAAAGGAGCCUUGAUUUCUGGAAAGUAUUGGAUGGCGACGUGCUUGCCAGAGCUGUUGUUGCACUGAGCGCUGUACCGCUACGCUUGGACCAGCCCACUGAGGAAGAAAGAGAGUCACUGAUAUCAAUACUGUUGCGCUCGUGUCUCCAAUGCGUUGACUCCGGUACAGAUGAUCAAGUUGUACUGAUGAACCGCUUGCUGUUAGCUCAGAAGCAGUUUGGGGCACCUUCCAUGGCCAAUACAGACACAAUUCGAAAUCUCUUGACUGUUCGUCCCACAUUUGUCACUUCGAAGCACCGCCUAGUUCUCUUCAAUGCAUGUUUGCGGGGUACUGUGUCUGAAAACGAACUGAGCUGUAGAGAGCACGAAAUUGCCCUCGCACUGCUCGAAGCAGCUCCCGAAUUCUAA